AAAUAUUAGAAUACAUUAAAAAUGAAAUAAUAAAUAUUAAAUAAGAAUUUUAUUUUUUUGCAUGGCAAAAGCAAAGCAAACAUAAUAUUGUAUCGUGAUUGGUUCAUUCAAAAUUGAUUGAUAUCUUGCGUGUAAAAUCUGUUUUUAUAUAAGAAUUAAAAUGGAUAAUAUUUAUUCAUUAGAUGCUUCGCAUGUAGAAAAGGAUUUGGAAUAUAAAAAAUCUAUUUGUAAACGACGAUCUUCUGUUUUCCAAAGUCGUCAAAUUAUAUUUGACGAAUGUGAAGGUGCAGAAGAUAAAGAGACUAAAAUUGAGAAUAGAGAAGUUAUAAAAUGUGUAUCUAAUACAACACAAGAAAAAGUUUUUAAUUUAGAAGAAUAUAUAAUUAAUUUAAAAAAUGAAAGAAAAGAAUGGAUAGAAACUUUGAAACAAAGAAAAACACAACGAAAAAAUCUUACAAAACAAAAAUUAUGUUUAGAAAAUCAAGAACAACUUUUAGAUUUGAAUGUUUUAUCAGAAUAUGAAAAAACCUUUGUUACAGCACGACCAAGUUAUCAAUAUAUUUGCAAAAAUUAUGAAAAACUAUCAGACAUGCUUGUGAAAUUAUCAAUGUUAUAUAAUUUAACUUAUAAAUUAAAUCAAAGAUUCAUUUUACAAAUGGAAAGAAGACUAUGUAAGAUUACUGAUAAAAUAAUCAAAAUAUCAGAAUCAUGAUAUUAUGAAGAUUGCUAUACAUUAAAAAUAAUCUUUAAAACAAGAUUAAUUAUAUAAUGUGUUAUAUAAAUGUACAAUUUUUUUAUAUUAUUAAAAUAAAUAUAAUUAUACAUAAUUGAAAUAAACAAAUGUUUGGUUUUUGUACAAAAUCAAUUCAUAUUUUACAUAUAAAUAUAUUUAUAUUAUAAGUAAAAAUAAAUAAAAGAACAAAUAAAAAAAAUUUUAAUGAAAUAAAUAUUUACUCAAAUAUUUACUCAAAUAAGUACUCAAAGAACAAAUAUUUUUCUUUGGUAUUAGGAAAUUUAUGAUUCAUGCAAUAGAAAAAUGACAAUAGAAUUAUAUUUGUAUUGAAACAAACAUUUGUUUCAAUUCUUAUCAUAUUGACACAAUUAAUGUUUUAAAUAACUUAAAAUAGAAUACAGAAACCAAUAGAGCUGUCAUCUAUGCAAAUGAAAACUUUUUCGUCUUGUUGCUUUUCUUUCUUUUUGAGAUAAAUAUUCUUUUCUUGAUGUACUAUUAUGCAAUUCCAGUAUAUGAUUUAUUUUUCUAACAAUUUCUUCAGCGGUCAUUGAAUCAGCUUCAAAUUCAUGAUUUUUAAAUGAUGCAGAUUGAUGUAAAGAUUGCAUUUGUCCAGAUGAUACUGUAAAAAAAGAAAAUAUUUUUGAAAUUAUUAAUCAAGUUCUAUUAUAUAUAUUU